CCGGCUGAGCGCUCGGAGUCCCGGCCCGGGCCCCGCGCAGCGCGGGGUCGCGCAGUCAAGGUGGCCGGGGUGGCGCGGGCGUCGGUCCGGAGAGAAUCGCUGCAGGCUUACCUGCGGGAGAGGGCUCGCUGGCUUCUCUGUGGAGUUUGGACUUUGGUGCUUGAAUCGAGCAUUUCCUCGUGGGGUUCCUGCCUCGCUAGGGUGCCGCUGGGUGGAGCGUUCCCGUUUGAAGACCCAUCCGUUCAACUUUCCCACCAACACUGCCUGGCAGAAGCCACCCCCAGAGGGAGGGCAAGUGAGACCUUCCUGGAAAAGGGGAGGAGUGGAACUCAUCAACUCCUUAAGGGAAAUGUGACACCUGCCCGGGGACUGGCCAGCGACCAAGCAUCGAGCAGGUACAGCGGAGGCAGAGGAGCACAGGAACUUGCUGAAGGUCACAUGGCAGGGUUACAGAAGCUCCCUUGUGUCUAUUUCUAUGACUGUGUCCAGCAGAGACAUAUGGCUUCCUGGUUUUCAGAGCCUCUGUGACUGGCCCCUCAACCCCAGGAUAAGGGAGGCACACGGCCACGUCUCUGUUUGGAGUUGGCUUUGGUUGAGCCUUCGCUGUGACCUGCCAAAACUGAUAUAGUUGAGGUUGAUUACUUGACCUGGGCAUGGAAAAGAAACCCUGGUGUUUUUCUAUGGGCAGAGCAGAAUUGCAUGUCAUUUUUUAAGGUCUUUGACUAAUAACUAUUUACCUAAAUGUGUAGAGGCUUAAGAACUGCCACAUGUACAAUUUAUCACUGCACAGUAAAGUAGUUCAUUUAAUAUGUUAACUGCAUUGAAUGUAUUGAACAGAUAAUAUUUUUAUUAGACAUUAUUGUUUAGAGCGAUUUUAGGUUUCCAGCAGCACUAAGCAGAGAGUACAGAGAGUUUCCAUCAGCCCUUGUCCCUCACGUGCGCCAAUCUCCCCUGCUACCAACAUCCUCACCAAAGUGACACUUUGGUCACAAGCGACGAACUACACUGACACAUCGUUGCCUCCCAGCGUCCAUAGUUUACAACAGGUUCAACCUUGCUGUUGUAUAUUCUGUGGCUUGGACAAUGUAUGAUGACACAUAUCCCACAUUAUAGUAUCUUCCAGAGUAGAUACUCUGCCCUAAAGUCUCUUACCUGCUCCACUUAUUCACCCCCUCCCCAGCUCCCGGUACACCACACCUUUUUCUUACUAUCUCCAUGGUUGUACCUUGCCAGAAUGUGACAUAGUUGGAGUUACAUGGGAUGCAGCUUUUGUGGACGAGCUCUUCCACUUAGUAAAAUAUCCAUUUAAGGUUCUUCCUUGUCUUUCCAAGGCUUCACAGCUCCUUUCUUUUUAGUGCUGUGUAAUACUCCCUUGUGUGGAUAUACCACAGUCCUUUUGUUGUUGAUUUUAUUUUGGUCCCAUCUUCUCAUUAAGGACAUCUUGGUUGCUUCCAAAUUUUGGCAAUUAUGAAUAAAGCUGCUAUAAACAUCCGUGUGUAGGUUUUUGUUGUUGACAUAACUUUUCAACAAUUUUGGGUAAAUACCGAGGAACACAGUUACUGGAUCAUUUGGUAAAACUAUAUUUAGUUUCCUGAGAAACUGCCAAACUGUCUUCCAAAGUGGCUGAACCAUUUUGCAUUCCCACCAGCAAUGGAUGAGAGUUCCUAUCCCCCUAUACCUCAUCUGCAUUUGCCAUUGUCAGGCUUUUGGAUUUUCACCAGCCUGAUAGGUGUGUGGUGGUAUCUUGCUGUUGUUUUAAUUUGCAUUCCCUAAUGGCAUUUGCUAUUGAACAUCUCCUUGUACGCUUUUCUUUUUGUCAUCUACGUAUCUUCUUUGAUGAGGCAUCUGCUCAGAUCUUUUGCCCAUUUUCAGUUGGGUUGCAGAAAUUUUUAUUGUUGAGUUUUAAGAGUACUUUGUAUAUUUUAGAUAGUGGUCCUUUAUCAGGUAUAUCUUUUGUCAAUAUUCUGUCUCAGUCUGUGGCUUGUCAUCUGUCCUUUUGAACAUAUAACAAUGCUCUGUUUCUUGUUAUACAUAGAAAGUGUAUUUUAAAAAUUGUCUCUAUUCAAGUUGCUUUUACUCUUAUUGAGAGAAACCUAUUUCCUAGAUGGAGAAAGUUCUCUGAUGCUUUUUUUUUACUGGCUACUAGUGAAGCUUGUAAGUGGACCAUGGGUAUAGUAAAUAGUUUUCCAAUAAACCAGCUUUCCAAUAAACCAAAUUCUGGUGGUUUAUAUAUAGAGCCUGGCUUAUUAGAGAAGACCAAAUAUUAUUAGUAUUCAAACAAAUAUCAGUGAUUGAAGUUCAUACAUUGUUCUACAUUCCACGUUCACUGGCAUUACAUCAUUUGAUGACUGUGAAAUAGUGAUGAUUUACCCAAAUAAAGUGGCAUAAGCAAUUUGGUCAAAAGAAGAAAAAAUUAUCUUAUGUGUCUGGCUUUUUUUUCCACUUGUAUUUUGAAAUAUUUAAAAACACUUACCAGAAUGGGUUCACUUCUAAAUAGCAUAGAGUCAGAGGAACUUUGCAUUUGGAGUCACAUUUGCUUAUACUGAGUUACACAUCAAAAAAUUAACAUGAUCUGCCUCAGCUUCCAUAUGAAGUGCAAAUGUUUCAGUGUGGCUAUUCCUAGAUGCAGACAGGGCCUGGCACCCAGUGUGACUGGGAUGUCAGAGGGCUCCUGUUUGGAUCCACCAUAGCGCCACCCACCGACAAGUACCUGGAGUCCUUUGGAGGGUAAAGUCCAACAUUUGAAUGAAAGGGAAAUUCAAACACUUGGCUGAGUAGUAGAACAGAUACUGGGAAGGCAGUCUGAUUUGCAGUCUGAUUUGCUGUCUAAUUUGCUAAGAUGGACAGCGAGCUGGAUUCAGUGUCUAGGACAUGUGUUGCCUUCAUUAUAUCCACUCUUAAAGAGGAAGAAAUGAUCAGCGUGGCCAAAUAUGCCACAGUGAACUAUAUAUUCAUAUUGACUACAGUAGUCUCUACAAGAUUACUGAAUGUUACUAUGUAUACACAGUAUAACUGGGCUAAUAAUUUGUUUAUUUAAUACUGUUGCAUAGAUGAGUGAUCAUUUAUGUCAGAUACCUGGCACAUAGUAGAGACCCAAUAAAUGUUAAAUAAUAUUUUAAAAACCCCUCAGGCUUUAUGCAGUUAAUGGCUCCAUUGUAGUGCAAGCCAGGUGCACUGUCAAUAUACUUCCGCUUAGACUGCUUUCAUUGCAAAUGAAUACUCUGUCAGCUAGGAUGCUUUCAGUUGCAAAUAGCAAAACCACCAACUCACGCUAGCUUAAAAAAAUACAGUGAAUUUAUCAGUGCAUGUAACUGGAAAGCCCCAUGUAGUAGAUUGACAACUGGUGGUCAACUUAUAAUCCCCAGCUGAACUGA